UAACUAUAUACCUUGCUGUUUCACUGACAAUUCUUCAGAGCAUUUUUUGCCACCCUUUCGAUAAGGUUCCAAAAUGAAGUUGUCCCUGAUUUUCUUUUUCAUCAUUUGCUUAGCAGUCAUUGCUGUGAAAGCCCAGACAAAAACAACUCUCAAGUCAACGACGACUAAGAGGAGCGUUACAUCUACAAAGCCCAAACUGACAACUUUAAAAUCAACAGUAAAAGCAACAACAGUAAAGGCAACAACAGUAAAGGCAACAACAGUAAAGGCAACAACAGUAAAGGCAACUACAGUAAAGGCAACAACAGUAAAGGCAACAACAGUAAAGGCAACAACAUUAAAGACUACGACCCGCAAGACAAACGGUACAACGAUGACGACCAGAAAGCCUGUUACCACAACAGCCCCGGCUAUAAAAUCCUAUAAAGUUUGCCGUGACACAACUUCAACAGUGGCUAGUGGAUCCAUUCAGCCCUUAGACGGGCUAAAGCCGGUAGCAACCGGACCGCCGAAGACCUGCACUUUUACCAUCACUGCACCUACAAACCAUUAUGUUCAGAUGUCUUGCUCGCUUGCAAAUCUGACUGUUACAUCUAUUUUCUUCAAUACUUCAUCCUCAUCCACAUUUUCAAGUUCAUUGAUAUUGGACGGAACCCUCGACAUUUACUACAAUAACAUAAUCGUACCAAAUAGGGUAUAUACUUCGUACAAAAAUCAAAUGACUGUAAAUUAUCGAGUGCUCAACGCAACAGACAAAUUUGAUUGCAAAUGGACAACAAUUAAGGCGCCCACGACAACGAGAGAUUUCAAAUGGUGUCAAGAGAGUGAGACGAAUGCAACCAGUGGAUCCAUUCAAGCUAUACGUGAAACUUUGAAUGGAACAACUAACAAGAACGUAGCUAGACUUUGUCCAUUUUUCAUCAAUUUACCACCUAAUGGUCAAAUCCAGAUGUCGUGCCCUUUCAAUUUUUCAUCUGAAAAUGUUCUUCUAUUGACAUUCAGAUCUACCAGUGAUUUAUAUUUCUUUCAAGCUAAAUUCAACAAGACUGCAACAAAUAGAAACCAAGUAGAUCUACUACAGAGGUAUAAAAUUACAGAUACUCCAAUUGUGUGUAAUUGGACCACGACAGCAUCCACCACGGCGACUACGGAUUUCAACAACUGCGUUCACGUACAAUCAACGGCCAAAAACGGGACCAUUUCAUCAAUAGCCAAUACGACUGACUCAAACAUAACUUGUUUAUUUUCCGUCUUCGCUUCCGUUGGUCAGCGAAUUCAGAUAUCUUGUACAAAUGUCAGCUUAUCACGUCUUGACAGCAGUCUGAUGUUAUCCGAACACGGUGAACUGACGGGAGUGCCAUACUUGAACGAUGUUUACACGUCAAUAAGCAAUCGAUUAGAUGUUAUAUCUGUGUUGAACAAAGGUGAUUCGUUUCGAUGUAACUGGACAGUGGUAACAAUCCCACCAACGACUAAUUUCAAACUAUGCCGAGAUGGAGAAGCAACAAUAGCCCCUGGAACAAUUACAUCUCUUAGUAAUACAACAGUAGGAGCCCCCUAGGAUCUGUCGCUUUUCGAUCGUCGCACCUUUGAAUAAACGGGUUCGAUUGUUUUGCCCGGUCUCCAGCAUUCCGAUUUCAUUGUUUGAAUUGGACCCCUUCAUCUCGACUAUCGUUGAACCAGCUAUCGUCAACACGGUUUACACAUCAACGGGAAAUGAAUUUAAAUUGUUAUUGGUAAUUAAGAGCUCAUUUGAGUUUAAUUGCACUUGGACGUUCGUGUAAGCAUGUUUGUAUAACGGUCCUGGAAUGUGUGUUUCCUUCAAUAAUUGUCAGAAAUUAAUGACGGGAAAAAGAGAAGAAAGCGCAGAAAAGAUUUAUUGUCAAAGUAAACGACUAUAUCCCAACCACUAAAUUUAAUACCUUGCAGGCCGUACUGAUUGAUUCACCAAAUAUUCCUUCAAUUUAAUUUUCUUCAAUUUAAUUUUCUUAUUCAUGAUACAAGGUUUUCUCUAUUUCAGUAGUGUUAGCUAGGUUUCUACCCUUCAUAUGCCUGUGUGAGUUCAAAACGCUUGUUGUUAUGAGCAAGUUUUUACUUUAGAUAUUCUUUCUCUCCAGUAGCUACAUCCGCAAAAUAUUAUGUUGUGACACAAGUAAGGAAAUAUGUUACAAUCAAUUGGAAAUAA